GUAUAUCCGCUUUGACGCGGACGUAAACAAACGUAGCUUAGCAGUCUAAGUCCAGUUGUAACGAUAGAGAGAUUGUAUCGUAGUACAAUGUGCUUCUAUGCCGCCUAGAUCUAGAACGAUCUGAUAUCCGAUACCAGGACCCGGCGUUUUGUUAGGAGCUUUAUUUGAGAAGAUCUCAACUCUACAAUGUCUACUUCAAAUUUCAAGAAUAAGUGUGUGACGCAAGUCAACUGUAUAUACUGUGACAGUCUGCUAUGUAUGAGAGGGAUGAAAGCAGUACUUUUGGCUGAUACGGAAAUAGAGUUGUUCUCAACCGAUAUACCACCAAAUAGGACAGUAGAUUUUGUGGCCAGCUGCUAUUCCACUGAAAGCUGCAAAUGCAAAUUAAGAGACAUUGCUUGUUUGAAAUGUGGGAAUGUUGUGGGAUAUCAUGUGGUGGCCCCAUGCAAGCCCUGCUUGCUGUCCUGCAACAAUGGUCAUUUCUGGAUGUUCAACAGUGAAGCUGUGUCCACCAUCAAUAGACUGGAUGCAACAGGGCAGAACCUGCUGCUGUGGGGAGAUCUUCCAGAACUGGAAGACAGUGACGAUGAGAGACUGGACUGUCUCUCAGAAGAAGAAUACCUCAGAUAGAAACACAUGUGUCCAAAGGAAGUAGACUCUGACGGUAGCAAACUAGUUUGCUUUCACUCACAAAUCUCUGUUUAAAGCACAUUGUCUUGCCUUUAGCUGACUGGGAAUAGGCAAAAGGGGGUGAUUAAAAAAAGGUCUUCACCAUCCCAGCUUGAUUUAUAUGCAUUUUCUUUCAUCAUCCUCCCAGAUUAGUUGAAGUAUGUCAGAGUGCCACUACCAAAGAAAUGUUUCUGUUUUCUUUGCUUUACGGUUGCAGUAGCACAAAACAUGAUGAUUGGAUUUAAAGGUUUAUGAUGUUAUCGUCAUAUGUCUUUAUAUAACAUUGACAGAUGGAUCAGACUGUUUAAGAAGAAUAACAGCAGUGUUAUUUUGAGAUGUUAAUACAAGUUAUUUGCUCCGGUACUAAUGCGGUUUUUGGGAGGCAGCCAAAUGGCUACAUAGAUAGAUUUGAGUUACAAUCUUGCAAAAUUGUAUGCUGGUUCCACAAGUAUAGGUGGUUUUAUAGGAAGAAAAUGACUGACAUUUACCAUGUUUUAAUGGUUUACCAGUAUAUUUGUCAUUUCAAUUGAAAGCCACAUAAAGUUCCCUGAAGACGGAUAUCAACUAGUAUGUUUAUUCUAAACAAAGUUCAUCCCUGCAUAAUUAUCUGCUUUCAUCUGUAUUUGGAUUUUGCUCUUUUCACAGCUUUUACAUUUGAAGUGGCACAAAGUGACUUGGCAGCUUUGAGUAGAGUAGUUUGGUCUCCGUUCAGUGACAUUUAGCAUUUCAACAACUUUGAGUUAACAUUUUUAUGGUACUUUGCUUGGCACACUCUUUUCAAUUAAUGCUGUGUCAUUAAAAGUAGUUCAAAUUUGUACUUUUCGUAUUCCAGUUAUGUUUCACUGUUGUCACAAGGGCAACCAUGAAAAGAAACGACAGAAGGAAAUCUGCACUUAAUUACUGUAAAUUCUGCAUGACACUGUGUGACAUACUGGACAAAGCAUUUUUAAGUUUUCUGAUUUUUCUCAAUAGAGGUAACAAAAUGAUUUGCGUCCAUUUCUUUUGAUUUAAAGACAUGAUAUAGUCAUUCAGUAGCAGUUUUUCCACAAUCCUGUUUACCAUUUCACUGUGUAAUGACAUGAUUUACCCAGACCAUUUUUUAAUAUUGCAAAAAUAUGAUGGCUGUUAUGCUGUACUGUUAAUGUCUUAGCGCAACAUUUUAUGUCAUGUUGUAUUAAAGAUUGCAUUUUCAGUAAAAAUAACAGCAAAGAGAAUAAACAACCACUAUUGUGAUAGCUUUCAGGUGUAGCAUUUUUAGGGGUUGGCUCUUUUAUGCCUUGAAGCGAUCUUUAGUAUGCGUUUAUGACCAAAAUGAAACAACGAAAUAUGUUUUGCAUUUUAACUUAUUAACAGAGGAUUUAUUUGAUUUAAGUUAUCUGUGUUUUGAAUGUAUUUAUUAA